UUACGAGUCGAGCAAAAAAAUGGUCAGGGCUUUCCUCCUGGAGAGAAAGAAGUUCAACCUUGCAUCCAAAUAGCUGACCAGCACUUGGAGAUAGCUACAGUAUCAACCCAAGCUGAAACCUUCGACGGCCAUGGCAGCUCUAUUCCUCUUCCUGUGGCUGCUACUACUAGCAUCAGCAGAUGCAUUCACCAAUCCUGUUGUCGUGGCAAAGACGAGUAGUAUUACCAAUCCACAAGCAUCUCAAUUUCCGUGUCGAGCCACCCCAGACGAUAAUGACACCCCAGCCGUGACAAUAGCAUUCGAGCCACCGCCGCCGCCGUCAUUUACUCCCAAACCACUUCCUGUCAUUCUAGGAGCAGGAUUGUUCCUCUUUGCGUCAUCCGUCAAUCGCAACGACAAGAGUUUUGCCACGCAAGUGCUCCAACAAGCACAAAUCGCAUUGCGUGCCGAUCCCACCAUCACCAUGGAAUUGGGACAAGCCGUCGAGACAGGAGGAGUUUAUUCCUCACAAUCCAGUACUGCCAAGGUGGGAACCAGAGACUACAAACAGUUGGUAUUGCAGUUCCAAAUCGAAGGAGGCAAUGCAUGGGCACAAGGUGUGGCCUAUGGAGUGGCACCCAUCGACGAUCCGACACAGGUCCAACUGGUGUCUCUGGAAGUGGCCAAUAUGGAUGCUUCCAUCAAUGGAACUCCUUUUGAAAUUAACAAUAUUGCAUCUACUUCUACAACGAGUACUUCAUCCAAAUCUACUUCUGGAGACCAAUAACCAAGGUGUGUUUUAAUCGAUGGUGAUGAAAACGAGCAUCUCCAUCUAUUCAAGCAAGCGGUUGCCUCCAGAAGAUGGAAUGAACGACAGCGGGCAAAAUGAUGGCUAAGAGAAAACAGAGGAGACCUAAGGAAUCAAUACUUCUUCCUGGCUUAGUUUGAGAAGCAACAGAAGAGACAGCAAUUCCUGCAACCCACAGUAGUAGCAGGAGGAGGGUCUGAUUCACUGCGUGCCCUGCUCGAUUCGAUUCUUUCAAUCCACUGGCAUGCACAAGGGUUGUGUACAGCUAUGCUUCGUGAUCAGUGAAGCGUAAGCUAAUAGAAUACUGAGUAAUGGUUUGGGCCAAGUCAAGCAGGUGCGAAGCAGCCGCUAAAGAAGCACUGGACUGUAAUAUUGGAUGAAACCAAUCGUAGAAGCUCUGUCAUCUCUCCGCGGAGUAGCGCCAGGAAAGAUGACUUUGCAAUGCAAUGCAUGUGGAAGCAAGCAGUGCGCAAGCAGUCAUCAAGGGUGGAGGGUGCCAUCCAUCCACACCGAUGAAGACAAGCUGGCUGGCUCAUAGAUAGCGAACUCAAUUUAUUAAACAACCCAUUCAACCCCACCAAGA